UUCAAGCGUCUGUUCGCAUCGAUUUGCUCACACAUGUGAGCGGUGGCACAGCAUAAUAUUUAGGAGAUGUACUUACUCUAAAAGUAUUGAAGCUGAUACAGAGAACAUGGGCAAACGGAAAUUCAAGAAAAGUGUUGAAGGAUCUCUUGCUGAAAGAAGGAGACGUAUACAGCAGGCGAAAAGAGAAGUGGCACAUGAAUCGAAAGGGAAAUCUCCAAAAUACAGUGUUGAACAACUUUUGGAGAAGGCAGAAGAUUGUAUCGAUAGAUUUGAAUAUGAACUUGCCCAAAAAUUCUGUCAGAGAGCUCUGGAGAUGGAGCCAGAUAGCAUUCUGGCCCUGGAAACAACGGGAUCUCUUUUGUUAGAGCUUGGAAAUCAGGAGGCAGCCAAACAGUGUUUUGGUCGAGCUGUGGAGGUUAGUCCUAACCAAGGCCACUCCAAAUACAUGUACCUGGGACAGUUGUUUGAAGGUGCGCAGGCUGUGCAAUGCUUCCAGAAGGGAAUAGAAUUGAUGAUGAAGGAAUACGAGGCAAAGCAAGCAACAGAGUUGGCAGCUGCAUGUGGAGGUGGACCAAGAGACGGGGUUUCCUGUGAGGAGAUUUGCAAUGCCUAUUUGUCUCUGGCCGAGCUCUACAUGACAGACUGCUGCAUGGAGGAGGAUGCAGACGUUAGAUGCGAACAGUACAUAAACCAUGCUCUAGGAAUAGAUAGCGAGAAUGCUGAGGCCUAUCAGAUGAUGGCCAGCUUCCAUCUCUCUAAAGAGAAUGAAGAGAUGGCUGCAGAGAUGAUCAAAAAGAGUGUGUCAUUAUGGUUACCCAAAUAUAAAGCAGCUGACAAAGGAGAAGUGCCUGAUGAGGAGUUUAACCCACUCGAGUUAACUCCUCUGAGUUAUGAUACAAGGAUAGCGUCAGCCAAAAUUUUAACUGAAGUAAAACAAUAUGAGACAGCUGUGGAUGUACUGGAAGGUUUACUUGAUGAGAAUGAUGAAGUUCCUCAAGUCUGGUAUAUGAUUGGCUGGGCCAACUACCUACAGGGCUCAGACUUCAAGGAGAAUGCUCGUUACUACCUACAUCAGGCUAAACAGGUGUAUGAAAAGAUUAAAUGUGAUGAUCCAGAACUUCUGAAACAUGUUGAGGAGCUCAUGGAGGAGAUUGGCCCAGGUGAGGAAGAAGAGGAGGAGGAUAAGGAUGCUGCUGAUGAGGAUGUGAAUGAACUAGAUAGUGACAGUGAUGAAGAGAUAGACAGUAAAACAAACGGGGAAGCAAUGGAGCACUGAUGUUAUUUAUAAUCAAUAAAUACUUUAUGUUCAAA